GCGCCUCAGUCCUCAGGUAAGAACGUCCGACGUCGGUUAGAGUGGUCUGCGAGAGUGGUGACCACGAGUUCUACCAGUUGGCGCACGAGCACCAUCGUCGCAUUAACCCCGUUCGAAUUCCCCGGGUGGGAAACAGAUAUUCACGCACGCGUUUACUCGAUUACCGCGCUUCGAACAGGCGAUCGCGUUCAGUGCUGGAAAGAAAACUGUAGAUAGGGUCGUUCGCACCCCCCAAAAUCAUGUUUUCUUUGAGGUGCAUUCGGUGAACUUCUCUGACGGAGUGCGCUUGUUGCGGACACAUUGAUUAUUGUUCCGAAUCGGAAUAAUACCGCAACAGUUUCCUCGACAAUUUUCCGGAACAGAAAGCGUUCAAGGCCGGAGUUUACUUGGAGGUUCGUGUUCAUCAACGAAAUGGAACGUAGGACACUUACACUUUGCUUCCUUUUCAUCGUUCUAGCCGUCAAAGGCUCCGAUGGCGCCGGAUGCGGUUAUCCGGGUGCACCGGCACAUAGUACUGUACGUUUCAACUUCAGAGGUAUCGACGACGUCAUAGACGAGGAGGAUGCUCUCCUUAAGGAAACCACGUUUGCGGAAGGCACCACAGCUAUAUAUUCCUGUGAACGAGGAUUCGAGCUUCUAGGACCAGCGAGGAGGGAAUGCCAAGCCGAAGGCACGUGGUUGCCGGAAGGCGUGCCAUUCUGCGUUCUGAACGUGGCAGGCGGCAAAGCGCCGAUGCAGUCCAGCAGCGCGGAGGGCGGAAUUCCGCAACGCGCAGUCGACGGAAGCAGCGGCCAGAGAUACACGCCGCAAACCUGCACCCUGACGAGGCCCGAGCGUAGACCGUGGUGGUACGUGAACCUGUUGGAACCGUACAUGGUGCAGCUGGUGCGACUGGACUUCGGCAAGCCGUGCUGCGGCGACGGCAGCCCUGGCACCAUCAUCGUCCGAGUUGGUAACAAUCGACCAGACUUAGGAACGAAUCCCGUUUGCAAUCAGUUCACCGGAUCUCUGGAGGAAGGGCAGCCUCUCUUUUUGCCUUGCAACCCGCCGAUGCCCGGAGCUUUCGUCUCCGUGCAUCUGGAGGUUUCCGGACCCGCCGAUAUUCCCGUGCAAUUGUCCCUGUGCGAGGCGUUCGUCUAUACCGAUCAGGCCUUGCCGAUCGAGAGGUGUCCUCAAUUCCGGGACCAACCGCCAGGAUCAACGGCGACUUACAACGGCAAGUGCUACAUAUUUUACAAUCGCCAUCCGCUGAUAUUCCAGGAAGCUCUAGCUUUCUGUCACGCGCGAGGUGGCACCCUCGUGGAUGAGAGCAAUCCAGCUCUGCAGGGAUUCAUUUCCUGGGAACUAUGGAGGCGGCACAGGAGCGACACGUCCAGUCAGUACUGGAUGGGCGCAGUUAGGGACCAGAAGGAUCGAUCGUUGUGGAGGUGGACCGGAAGCGGCGAGGAGGUAUCCGUUUCGUUCUGGAGUCUGCCGCAUGGUACUGAGGAAAAUUGUGCUCGAUACGAUGGCAGUAGAGGCUGGCUUUGGUCUGAUACACCUUGCACAGCCCGGCUUAAUUUCAUCUGUCAGCAUCAACCACAGGCUUGUGGCAGACCCGAACAGCCACCAAAUUCUACGAUGGUGGUGACCAGCGCGUCGGCCAAGACCCCCGGCGUAUCCCCCGUAUACGAAGUCGGGGCGACCGUGGAGUACAGUUGUAACGUGGGUAGCCUCCUGAUCGGACCGUCGACCCGCACUUGCCUAGACACCGGUUUCUACAACGAGUUCCCGCCUGCGUGCAAAAAUAUCGAGUGCGGCUAUCCCGCGAGCAUAACGAACGGCGAAUACACGCUCAUCAAUAACACCGUCACUUAUCUCAGCCAAGUGCAUUAUACCUGCUUGGAGGGAUACGAGAUGACCGGACGUGCCCGAUUGACUUGCGACAUCGACGAGCGUUGGAAUGGACCACCGCCGCGAUGCGAGCCGAUUGCCUACUGCAAUCCACCGACUGUACCGGAACACGGUUCUAUCGAGAAGAUACAAAUUGGCGAUCAAGUAGUGGCGAGGAGUAACUACAAUCGAAGCCAACUGGCUAGUACCACCGUCAGCUAUUUGUGUAUUAAAGGCUACCGGCUACUAGGUCCCCGGCAAAUAUCGUGUCAAAGUUCCGGAACAUACGAUCGUCCCGCACCUACCUGCACAGACGAGUCACGGAUAACCAUUUCUCCUCCUACCCGUACGACGGUACGUUCGUCCACUCCGAAACGAACGUAUUACACUACGAAAACUAGGACCACGACGAGUGCGGCGACCACCAGUACGACUUCCUCACCGUCUAGAAAUGUACCGAACACCGCGGAGCUGCCAGCGACGGUGAGGGAGACCGUCUCGAAGAGGCCGAGCAUCGGUCUGAACAGACCGGCGUCUCCUUCGGUGCUCGACAGUGAUCACCCGCAGGAUAACGAGAUAUCCGGAAGCGGUGUGGACCACGCGCAAGCGGGAAUCGGUGCGGGCGUACCGGAGCCAUCUGGUCCCUUCCGGGUGGACAAUGCUGAGCAGCCCAGCGGCACCCAUCAGGCCAAAUUGAACCUGGGGGCCGUGAUCGCCCUGGGAGUGUUCGGCGGUUUUGUGUUCCUCGCCGCCGUGAUCACGACGGUCGUUAUCCUCAUACGCAGAAAUCGCGGAAGAAGCAGCAAACAUUAUCGUCACCGUGCAUCGCCCGAUUGCAAUACCGUCGCCAGUUUCGAUAGCAGUUCCUCGGAGAGUCGAGGAGGUCUGAAUCGGUAUUAUCGCCAAGCCUGGGAGAAUCUGCACGAGACCACCGGUCAUAAGGCCGGCCAUCCGCCGCUUCGUCGCAAGGAGACCCUGGAUGAACCAGGGUACCGGGAGAACUUCCGCGGUAACAACACCGAGCGCGACGGCUCGGAAUUGGUCGUCAGUGACGUCGCCGCGUACCCAUCGAACAAACACGCCAGCGUCUCCGAUAAGAAGCGUCAUCAUCAUCACCAUCAUCAUCAUCACGGAAGCGCGACACCCGAUUGGAGGCAGUCGCAAUCUCAUCAUAGAUACUAAAAAGAGAGCAAACUGUAAAACGGGCGAGAAUCUUCGUAUGUCUUCACUAUGUCAUCUGCGAUCAUCUCUGGUGACGAUGAACCGUAGAGUGUAUCCGUAGUGAACGUUCGCAACUGUCGCGGGUUUAAAGAUCUUCCUUAAUCGAGGGAGCACAGCGAAUCUUCCAUUAACAUAAGUUGUUAGAUAACAUACUUGUUAGAUAACGUCUUACAAGAAAUAGAGAAAGUAAUCCGAAUAUAGAUCCUAUUGUUCUGUUACGUUAUAAAUUAUUUACCGUCAGUUUGUUACGAAAUGUAAAUAUUAUACUCACUGUAGCUUAAAAAUAAGGAUGAUGGACAGUCGCUCGUCGUAAGGAAGGUAGUAGAAGUUGGUCAGCGGAUAUGCCAAAAAGCAAAGAAAUAAUAUACAAUAACGAUCAAACACAGAGAUGCAGUAACGUAACGCUUAUCGAUAAGUUAUUGUAAGAUCAGGGAUUUAUGUAACCGUUUACACGUUCGAAAAGAUUUGUUUAAGAAGACACUGGAUAUCGGCAGAAUUUACAUCUGUUAUGGGUACCUUGGCCUCGCUUUAAAAGGAUUAUUAUGUUUCCAGAAAAACAGGAUAUUGCAUAUAGAUAUCAUUAAGGGAAGGCCGAUGUUAUCCAUUUAGGAAUAGGAAUAGGAAUCUCGUGUUAACUGUUGUACACGAGUACGAGCUGCACGUUUACUUACACUCAAGUAAAUGAGGAUUUAAAGGCACAGUACAGCUAUAUAUGAGUGUCGCCCAUGAUCGCUGAUAUACUUUCAAUAUACGCUGCUAGCGAGUUUGUAUCAUAAGUAUGUAACACUUAAUUAUAAUUAUUAUUAAACAUCAAACAUUUCUAUCAAGCUCAUUGAAAUUGAUAUGUAUUUAAGAAAUAAUGUAAUUAUUUACAAUAGACUUUUAUUAAUUGACUGAGAUAAUUACAUGCGAAGUAACUCUGUAGAUGCAUUUCCGUGAUUCUAUUUAUCGUAAAUAAAUUACAAUAGUGCCAUUUGGGGCAAAUUUGUUCGAUUUAUUGAAGAAGCAAUUUUGUCACUUAAACAUGGUACAUGAUAAUGGAUACUAGCGCAUUCGUAAAUUGCAUAUAUAAGUAUCAUUAGAUUUAAAAUUUCACAUUUAUAUGAAAUUAGAAUAAACGUAUUUAUAUAAAUA